AUGUCACAGUUCCCAGAUGGACAAGAUCGUACAGAUGUAUUUUGUGGUGAUGGUGAAGUCCCGCUGGUGAGGUCGUCCGUUAUAAAUUUGGGCCGCGGGUGUAAGGAAAUCACAACCUGCACAGGAGGACACAGGGUUACGUCUAAAGAUCGAGAAGAUCCAGACAUGAAGCCAUACAGCAUCGCAGCCAUCGGCAUUCUCCUCUUCGCCUUCUGCUCGGUGACUUUCAGCCAGAACAGUCACGGGCCACAGAAGUGCUGCUUCAGCUACACAAAGACAAAAAUCCCUGUGGCAAUGGUUGAGCAUUUUGAGAUGACCAGUCCUGCAUGCAGCAAGCCAGGAGUCAUAUUCCACACAACCAAGCAGAUAGAGAAGUGUGCUAAUCCAGAAGACAAGUGGGUUCAGAGGCUGAUAAGCAUGAAGAGCUAAAUAUCAACAUCACUCUGACUGAUUCUGAAGAUUGAGGUUGUAAGAUAAAAUCCUAUAAGCUGCCUGGCGGUCCUUAUUUUGUUCAUUCGUUAUUUGUUCAUCAUAACUGAGAAUGUGGUGUGAAACAAUUCAUUUGCACCAGCUUAUUUAAUUGUUAUAUUUUUACACUGUUAUUUACAUUUGGAAUAAUAAUAAUCCAUAUAUAAUAUAAUAAACCAUUUUGGAAUUUGACCAUU